AAAGAGUGAGAGAGGGGUGAAAGUGAGAGAGAAGCACGGUGUUGCGGCGGUGUGUUUUGAUAAAGUGAUCUUUCGAAUUUUCCUAUUGUGUAAAAUAUAACGAUAGAGAAAGAAGAUCGCGAGAUAUCGCGUAUCACUGUGCGCUGUGUGCGCUGAUCUGUGCGCUAGAUUGCGCAUCGUGAUCCAUUGAUUCUUGGUACGGAUCGCUUUAUCAUGAUAUAAAAGGAGAAAAUGGCACCCCCAAAGAAAACUGAUUUGGAUAAAUUAGCAUGGUCUUGGAUCGAAGCUGUUACACCUGAAGAAAUAGAGAGAAUACAUUUAGAAACUGCUUAUAGAUUAGGUCUCAAAGGUUGCAGAAAUUGCAAACGGAAUUGUACAAAUAAUCCGCAAUGUCUCACUGGAUUAGGAGAAGAAAAGUAUAUCAAGUCCCAACCAAUGGAAAUUGUUUCCUUGGAAAGUUCUCUGUCUGAGCUUCGUGAUCCUACUCAAUAUGUCGGUUUGAAAAAUCUAGGAGCGACGUGUUAUGUCAACAGUUUAAUUCAAAUGUGGUUCCACAAUGAGGAUAUGAGAAGAAUAAUAUACAAGUGGAAUAUAACGGAAGACCCAGAGGAGAAGGAAGCGUUGUAUCAAGCGAAGAAGGCAGGACUUUCUUAUCAUCCGGUAACAGCAGUUGGUCAGUUGCAAUACAUAUUUGCCAUGAUGCAAUUUGGAAACAGACGUCUACUCGAUCCAAUGAAUCUUGCCAUCGUCCUCUCUUUGGAUACUAGAACACAACAGGAUGCGCAGGAGUUCUCCAAGCUGUUGUUGUGCCAUAUUGAAGGAAAGCUACAGCAAAACUCAGAGUUGCAGCGGAUGUUGCGGAGGCUGUCACAGGGAAAAUACAGCUAUAUCAAUUGUUGCUCCACCUGCGGUACCGAGUAUCCAACGUCGACCACUUUCUACGAAUUGGACUUGCAGCUUGCAGCUACUUUGAAGGAAGCUAUAGAAAAAUAUCUGACUGAAGAACAAUUGAAUGGACCAAAUCAAUACCAUUGCGUUACCUGUAAUGACAAAAAGGAUGCUAGACGAUUCAUACGCUUGGAAUUGCUACCAGAAACUUUGAACAUUCAAUUGAUGCGUUUUGUUUUUCAUCGGGAUUCUGGUCAAAAAAGAAAGCUGAAUUCUUUCAUUCAUUUUCCGGAAGAUUUGGAUAUGUCCGAAUACGUCAGGUGUCCUCCUCAGACUCAUUUGUACAGUCUCGUCGCAGUUUUAAGUCAUAAAGGACCUUCGGCUCAUUCGGGUCAUUACAUUGCGAACAUAUGUAAUUCGGCAGGAGAAUGGUAUCAAUUUAGUGACGAUAAAGUUGAAAAAAUGCAGAAUAAAAGGAUCGAGGAUAGUGGCAAUGAUUCUACAAAAAAUAUGAAACGUGGUCGCGUACCAAAAGGAUUUCUUUCGUCUAACACAGCGUAUAUGUUGGUGUAUAAGAAAUUAACAAGCGAACCAAAAUUAGGUAAUGGAAAAAAAUGUAAAAUCAAGAGAAUGGAUUCCGAGUGCAAUAGUUAUGGCGAUUCCGUUAGUUUGGAAAGACUUACUGUUAAGGACAGAUCCGAUUCAUCGGAUGAAGGAAAACGUAAGAAUGGAACUGACGACGAUUUCAAGGAUGUCGAAAGUCCAGGAAAAAUUAUGAAAAUUGAAAUCGAUUGCAAAAUGGAAGUGGAUAGUUUUGUAUCUGGGAAAAAUGAUAAUUCCGAUGUCGCUAAGGAUGACAAAAAUCAUGUGGAGCAGACAAAGAAAGUUAUCGCAAAAAAUACAAAACUCGAUUACAAAUUAUUAAACGGUGCAGCGCAUAGAGCAAUGAGCUGUGGAGAACGUGAUUUUUAUGAAGAGAUUGAAUUUGAUAAUUGGCAAGUGAGCAAUACGAUGAGGGAACUCGUUCGUCAAGAAAACGUUAAACACGAGUUAAGUUUACUAGCAAUUCAGCAAGAAAAACAAAAGGAAAUAGAAGAUCAGAAUUUUAAAAGGCAACUUGUAAUAGAUGUGUACGAUAUCAUCGGAAAUCUGAUGUCCCCCAUAGAAUAUCAAUGGAUACCGAUCGAUUGGUUAUCAAAAUGGUUAAAUGGACAAUCAUCAACUGAUGGCGUUCCACCGAUAGAUAAUUCGGUUCUGAUGUGUCCUCAUUAUCGUUUAGAUCCGUUAAAAGUUAAUCGUGCCAAAUGUUUGCCUACUUCGGCGGCUAAUCUACUGUACGAUAAGUAUCGUGGAGGACCACGUUUGGAUCAGAAUACUUUGUGCGAAGUUUGUGUUAGAAGGCGUUUUAAAAUGCUCAGAUUCAAAAUGGUGUUGGAACGCGAUUACAAGGAAGUCAACGAUAUGAUACGUAAUGUUAAAGAAUCAAGCGAGAAGAGUUAUAUAGUUGGUGCAGAUUCUUUAAGAUCUUGGAGGAGACUGGCCAUGGAAAGAUUUACCGAAAAUAUGGAACAAGAAAUAGAACGGGAAGAUCGUGAAAAUUCUCGAUUGAUCGACGAUGAGAAGAAAAAAACUAUCGAGAAGGAUAACGACGAUUGCACGAAAGAAGUCGAAGAGGGCGAAGAGAACGAAGUUGUUUUAAAUUUUAAUGAUGACUUACUUUGUGAACAUAGUCUAUUGAAUACUCCAGAUUCCAGUAGGAAAAUAGUACCGAACGAAGUUUGGUCGAUAUUAAGGAAAUAUUUUCCAAAUGCGAAAGAAUAUCCAUUUGGUACUUCGUCCUGUUCGAUUUGCGAAGAGAAAAUGGAAAAUGCACAAAAGGCAAAAAAGGAUGACAAGAUAAAAGCUAAGCAACAAAAGGAUGAGCUCAUCGAUUUGUAUUAUGCAAGAAAUAGGAACGAGAUUGCUAAAUGCGAAGAUACUGAGAAACUGUUUUACAUUGUAGAGAAAGGAUUUUUGGACAGUUGGCGUUCUUUUAUUCGAUACGCUGAAAGUUACUCGAGGACACCGCCGUCGUCUAUCCAAAAUGCCGUUCUAUUGUGCGAACCGCAUAAAGGACUAUUGUAUCGAGCUUCCAUCAAUAACGAACUGUACAGCGUGGUCACCGCAGAAGAAUGGUCGAAAUUGACGCAGUUUUAUGACGCCGACCAUGUAAUUACGAUCAAAAAGAAUGGCACAGAUUUUAAGACGCAACCAGAUUCCUGUGCAUCUUGCAUGUUAGCGAGGGUGGAACAAGAAAGACUUGAGAGUCUCAAAUACGAUAAGGCUGUUAUUUAUAUCAAAUGUGUCGAUGACAGUGACGAUUUCAAGGCGGAGAUCACAACAGAGGUCGCCGCUAAAAGACCAAAGAUGAACAAUUCGAGACCUUCUAGGACAAGAAGAAAAGUCAAAGGAUCCCACGAAUUGAAAGUUUCGUCGGAGAUAACAUUGAAGGAACUAAAAGUUAUGGAGGAGGAGGAGGAAAAGGACGGAGUAGAAAAUGGUAGAGAAAGAGGAGGUGAGUUAUUUCGCAGACAGUUUAAGUCAGUUUACGUUGGAAACGGUAUAACCAGGGGUUUAUACGUCUCCUUUCUGUGUGCACAUCUUCUUUCGCGUAAUGUAUUCUUCUUUUCUCUCUUUCUUUCUCCUUUUCUCAACGUUGAAGAGGUCUCGGUUACUCGUUCGCUCGUAAAACUGAAGCAACCUGCGCGUUUACACCGACACCGUCAUCGGACCAACCAACCAACCAACCAACCAACCAACCAACCAACCAACCAACCAACCAACCAACCAACCAACCAACCAAUGGAUCAUCCAAGAUGAGAGAAACGACGAAAGAGGGAAAAACGAUGCAAAUUUGCGGUGCCGGACCAUACGAUCAACAUCUGAUGUUGGGGGAACACGAGCUUAC